UCUAUUCCCACCCCCCGCCUCCUCGCCGCCUCCCAUCGUCGCGCUCACGCUCCCACACCCCCGGCCCCCGCUGCCGCGCCACACCAACACCGCACUCCACCGCCACCAUCCCCAUCGCUGUCGUUCGUCAUCGGCGCCUUUCCUUUCCCCGCACGGAACCCUAGCAGCUCUCCGCGCGCGCUAUAAGCCUAUAAGGCACCGCCGCGGCCAUGGCGCCCGCACCGGCAUCGCUCACCGCUUCCCGCGCCCUCUCCCCCCUCCUCGCGCCCGCCAGAGUCUCCUCCGGGAGGUGGAGCAGCCUGUCGGUCUCCGUCGGUGCCCGGCCCGCGACCGUGACGGUGUCCGUCGCGGCGUUGACCGCGCAGAGGAGGCUGGUUGCGGCGGCGGCGGCGACGGAGAUGGCGCCCGCGGCGAGCGGGGAGGAGGGGAGCAAGCCUUUCAUCGAGGAGAUGCGAGCGGUCGCCAUGAAGCUGCACACCAAGGACCAGGCCCGGGAGGGGGAGAAGGAGCCCCAGGCGCCGCCCGUCGCCAAGUGGGAGCCGUCCGUCGAGGGUUACCUACGGUUCCUCGUCGACAGCAGGCUCGUCUUCCAGACGCUCGAGGACAUCGUCGACCGCGCCACCGUCCCGUGGUAUGCGGAGUUCCGGAAUACUGGGUUGGAAAGAUCAGAGGCACUCAAGAAGGAUCUGGAGUGGUUCAAGGAACAGGGCCACACAAUUCCAGAACCAUCGGAUCCUGGCACUACAUACUCUUCCCUUCUGGAAGAGUUGUCCGAGAAGGACCCCCAGGCAUUUAUCUGCCAUUUCUAUAAUGUGUACUUUGCUCAUACUGCUGGAGGCCGAAUGAUUGGCAAAAAGGUUUCGGAGAAGAUUCUGAACAAGAAGGAGCUGGAGUUCUACAAGUGGGAGGGCAAUCUCACCCAGCUGCUGCAGAACGUCCGUGACAAGCUUAACCAAGUCGCUUCUAGCUGGUCCCGGGAGGAGAAGGACCACUGCCUGGAGGAGACGGAGAAGUCAUUCACUUACUCCGGACAGCUCCUCCGCCACAUAUUCACCUGAUCUGACAUUGCCCUCUGGUCUAAACACAAACGCUGUAAAUACAUAAUCAAUGACUUUCAAGACCUUGUUAGUUUUUACUGGGGAGGGGGCAUCUCCUCCACCAGGAACGAUUUACCUUCAGGUCAAGUUGCCAAGUGUUACUGUUAAAUAAACCAUGGCCCCAUUCUCCCUCCCUAUGUGUACAAACUGCAAUUCUCAACACUGGCAUGAGAUAAGUGUACUGGGUAUUUGGGUGGCUGGUGACUGGGAUGAGAUAAGGAAUCUGCGUGCGAUGUCUCAAUGCUCAAGAAAGUGUUUGUUUGGAUUC